AUGGCCUCCUCAAAUCCAUCAAUGGGCGCCAAGUUCGUCCGCAUGGUCGUCAAGAACGACUCCAUCAAAUCCGAUCCCCACGAGAUCUACGGAUGGCGUGCCUUUGCCAUGGCCGGCUCCGCCUGCUUCGGUGGCAUGUUGUUUGGCUUUGAUAUCGGCACCAUUGGAGGUGUACUUGAACUCCCAGAGUUCCAGCACAAGUACAACAUUGAUACCCUCGACAAAGUCGGCAAGGCCAACUUGAGCGCAAACAUUGCUUCGACCCUCCAGGCUGGCUGCUUCAUCGGUUGCUUCCUGGCAUCGUGGGCUUCGGACCGCUGGGGCCGCAAAAUUGCCCUGCAAGCAGCUGGUCUCAUUACAAUCGUUGGUUGCGUUAUUCAAGCCGUUGCCAUGGGCUCUCUCGCAGCCAUGUACGUCGGUCGUUUCGUCGCUGGUGUGGGUGUUGGCGGUGCCUCCAUGGUCGUCCCUUUGUACAUUUCGGAAAACGCUCCUCGUGGUAUUCGUGGCGGUCUCACCGGUCUCUACCAGCUCUUCAUCGCCACUGGAAUCUCGCUCGCUUUCUGGGUCAACUACGGCUCGCUUUUGCAUCUCUCAGGCGGCGCCCAAGUCUAUAUUGUGCCGCUCGCCAUGCAAGCGCUUCCCGCCGUCCUUCUCGUCGUCUGCAUGGCUCUGAACAAGGAAUCGCCGCGUUUCCUCGCAAAGCAGGAUAAAUGGGAACAAGCCACCAAUGUCCUGGCCCGAAUCCGGAACCUGCCCCAGUCGCACCCCUACGUUCAGGACGAGAUCAAGGAUAUUGCCGACCAGCUCGAGCACGAACGCAUGCUGAUCGCUGGUGCUGGAGUCAAGGAUCUCCUCAAGGAAAUGUUUACUGUCCCCGGUAACCGCAAGCGUGCGCUGAUUUCCAUUGGGCUCAUGGUCUGCCAACAGAUGACUGGAACUAAUGCAAUUAACUACUACGCCCCGCAAAUCUUCAAGGCUCUUGGUCUCGAGGGCAACGAGAACAAGUUGUUUGCCACAGGAAUCUACGGCAUCGUGAAGAUGGUCGGAUGUCUAGCAUUCCUCAUUUUCGCUGCCGACUCGCUCGGACGACGACGCUCGCUCCUCUGGACAUCGAUUGCGCAGGGACUGGCCAUGUUCUACAUUGGUCUGUACAUGCGCAUCGACCCGCCUGUUGCCGGCCAGUCUGUACCGGGAGCGGGAUACUUUGCGCUGGUCUGUGUUUUCCUGUACGCAUGCUUCUUCCAGUUUGGAUGGGGUCCUGUGUGCUGGAUCUACGUAUCCGAGAUUCCAGCGGCUCGUCUUCGAUCGCUCAACGUGGCUAUUGCGGCGGCGGUGCAGUGGCUCUUCAACUUUGUCGUGGCUCGCGCUACGCCCAACAUGAUUGCUACCAUGGGCAAGGGAGGCUAUGGUUGCUUCCUUUUGUACGGAUCCUUCUGCUUCACCAUGUUCAUCUUUGUGUGGUUCUUCAUCCCAGAAACAAAGGGUCUCUCACUCGAAAAGAUGGACGACCUCUUUGGCGUUACGGAGCUCGUUAAGAACAUGGAAGCGGAUGGUGAGCGCAACGUCCACGGUUCCAUGGACAAGGGUACUAGCGUUAUUCACGAAGAGAAGGUCAGCCGUUAA